AUGGCUGCCGCCUCGUCCAAGAUAGAUAUCGACCAAGUCUUGUUCGUCCCUGCUGCGGGCGAAUACACAGAUCAGGACGCCAUCCGCGUGUUUCAACAACAGCCCAUUGCCAGCAUCCCUCGGUAUUUGAUCCCGCGCAAGAAUGGACGCGAUUUACCGCCGCUCUUGCACUACGGCUGGAUUAUUGAUCUGAAACGAACGUUGAAGCUGGCGAAAGAACAGAAUCAGGCCUUCUACCAUUAUAUCGAUGGUCCUAAGAAGCCAGACUACUUCACUACCUGCUCCACUUUCAUUCCCCAGCUCAUGCACGAUCUUGGCCUCCCGUAUGACGAACGAGUAUACCUCUGUCAAAUUGGCAGCGGGGAACUCAAUCCAAGUGGCACUGUUGCCGUGAAAUUGGGUGUAUCGACGGGGACGAACUAUACUGGACAUAUGUCGGAAGAGAACGCGAAGAAGUUGCGGGACGCGACAGCUCCAGGUGCUGAAAUUAAAUGGUAUUUGGAUGCCAAACGCUGGCAGUGGACUGAGAAUCGUCGCUAUCGGGCUCCAGUAGCAAAUGAGCACGAGAAGCGUCUCCCGAGCAGUAUCACAAUGAGGCUUCCACUCAACUUUGCUCAACUUCCACUCACGCUUUGUUACCGGUCCAUAAUGGAACACACUACUUCGGACCAAGGAAAUACGAAAACGGAUAUCAAAGAGUUUUUGUUCGCGCCUGCUGGAAAGGCUUACACAGAUGAGGACGGCGUCCGCAUAUUCGGACAACAACCACUCGAACGCAUCCCUCGUUACCUAAUCCCACGCAAAAACCCACGCUUCUCACCGCCGCUCUUGCACUACGGCUGGAUUCUCGACGAAGAACUAAUGUGGAAGCUCACAUUGGAGUUGUCUGAGACCUUUUACCAUUGGAUCGACGGCCCCAAGAAGCCCGAUUAUUGGACCACUUUCACUUGCCUCAUACCCCGCUCAUGGAGCAUCUAG